AUGGCGGACGACAACCCCGAGCUGCAGUCCGCUCUGCGCGACCUUGACAAGGAAUUGGAGGAGGGUGAUAUCACCGAAAAAGGAUAUCAGAAACGGCGCACCCUCCUCCUUUCGCAGUACUUUGGACCGAAUAUGGCACUAGACCUCAGUACACCUACCUCCGGCAAUGCUCCAUCAUCAAUCACCAGUUCGACCCAUCCGCCUGCGGCAAUCCUUAACGUUCGACCCCCUACCGCCGAUUCCACGAGCCAUGGUGGCCCGGCGCACUCGUUCUCAAAUGGGCGUGAUAGUUUCCAGAAUGGAGGCUUCGGAUUUGAUCGCAGGAUAAGUGGCGAGACGCAGGGUUCCUACGAAAGAGACAGCAUGCUCUUGCCGGGCGACAGAGCCCCAUCAGCCGCCUCCUACGAUUCUCUUUUUCUUCCCAAACCUCAGCCUCCACCGCCGCUGCAGGAGAACUCAAGGACGGCAACCCUGCUAAGCCAGAACUACGCCUUCAACCCCGGUCCGCCUCUCGAUCAAUACGAUGAGCCCGUCGGAGCUUAUGAUAUGCCGUCGGGCGCGGGCACGCGACAGUCAACCAUGCUGGACUCGCAGCAAGGAUAUUUUUCCGACUUUGCUGGACAGCAGCAAGAUGAUUAUCGCGAUAGCUACGGUGGUGGUUUCCACCGUUACUCCCAAUCUGAUACAUUCUCACCGACGGCGAACAUGGCGCCCCCGCUGAUUCCCGCCUCUGAGCUUCCACACGGACCGGCACUCGACCACUUACUGCCCCUGGAGCCUCGGGACAUCCCAUUUGCCGUUCAUGACCCCCACGACAAAAACACCCCCAUGUCUAAUUUUGAAAAUAUUCCGGCUGUUCUGCGGCAUCGUGCUCGGGUGCAUGCGAAACAGCCUGCUUAUUGGGUUUUGGAUCAGAAGGGAAAGGAGAUUGCGUCGAUCACCUGGGACAAACUUGCCAGCCGUGCGGAGAAGGUAGCGCAGGUAAUUCGCGAUAAGAGCAAUCUCUAUCGCGGGGAUCGGGUGGCUUUGAUCUACCGUGAUUCUGAGAUUAUCGAGUUCGCCGUGGCCCUGAUGGGGUGUUUCAUCGCCGGUGUCGUAGCUGUUCCAAUCAACAGCCUCGAGGACUAUCAGAGCCUCAACCUGAUCCUGACUUCGACACAGGCGCACCUCGCUCUGACCACGGAGAACAACCUCAAGAGCUUCCAGAGAGACAUUACAACGCAGAAGUUGAACUGGCCCAGAGGGGUUGAAUGGUGGAAGACGAACGAGUUUGGCAGCUUCCAUCCCAAGAAGAAAGACGAUACCCCACCCCUCGUGGUGCCCGAUCUGGCUUAUAUUGAAUUCUCAAGAGCCCCUACCGGUGAUCUGCGUGGUGUCGUCAUGAGCCAUCGAACGAUCAUGCAUCAGAUGGCUUGCCUCGGUGCAAUUGUCUCGACGGUACCCGCCUCUUCUAGCGCGGCCAAGCAACGCGGAGAGACUCUCAUCAGCUACUUAGAUCCUAGACAAGGUAUUGGUAUGAUUCUGGGCGUUCUUCUUACUGUCUAUGGUGGCCACACAACGGUCUGGCUUGAAGAUCGCGCCGUAGAGAUGCCUGGCCUUUACGCUCAUUUGAUCACAAAGUACAGGGCAACUCUAAUGGCUGCCGACUAUCCCGGGCUGAAGAUCGCGGCUUACAACUACCAGCAGGAUCCGAUGGCGACACGCCAUUACAAGAAGAAUUCCGAGCCCAACUUUGGAUCUGUGAAGCUCUGUUUGAUUGAUUCGCUCACGGUGGAUCCUGAAUUUCAUGAGAUUUUGGCAGACCGAUGGCUCAGGCCCAUGAGGAACCCCAGGGCCCGAGAAAUCGUCGCGCCAAUGCUUUGUCUUCCUGAGCAUGGGGGUAUGGUCAUCAGUGUGCGGGAUUGGCUGGGUGGUGAAGAACGCAUGGGCUGUCCUUUGACGCAUGAGAUGGAUCCCAACCAGCGAGAGGGUCUCAGGAAGGAAGAGAAGAAAUCCGAAAAGGCUGAGACUCACAGCAGCGGGUUUGGCAGCAGUCUUCUGGGUGGCGGCUCUUCCGCUCCCGCUCCCUCUUCGCAAGAACAAGGAAAGACUGAAAUGGGAGAAGUCCUUCUGGAUAAGGAGGCUCUCAAGAGCAACGAGAUUGUGGUUCUAGCUAUGGGCGAGGAAGCGAAGAAAUUCGCCCCCACCAUGCCUCAUGCUGUACGAGUUGGCUCGUUCGGCUAUCCUAUCCCCGAUGCAACAGUGGCGGUUGUUGACCCCGAGAGUAAUCUGCUCUGCACGCCCAAUGUAGUUGGCGAGAUCUGGGUAGACUCGCCUUCUCUCUCAGGAGGCUUCUGGGCCUUGCCAAAACAUACGGAAGCUAUCUUCCACGCACGACCGUACAAGUUUGAAGAAGGAAACCCCACGCCUGUCUUGGUUGAGCCAGAGUUUCUCCGCACGGGUCUCCUAGGCUGUGUGAUCGAGGGCAAGAUCUUCGUUCUCGGUCUCUACGAAGACCGACUCCGCCAGAAGGUGGAAUGGGUGGAACAUGGGCAGGAGAUCGUUGAACACCGGUACUUCUUCGUCCAACACUUGAUUGUCAGCAUCUUGAAGAACAUCCCUAAGAUUCAUGAUUGCACGGCUUUCGAUGUUUUCGUCAACGAGGAACAUCUUCCGAUAGUCGUCUUAGAAUCAUACGCAGCCUCGACAGCUCCAACCACCUCAGGUGGCCCUCCACGGCAGCUAGAUUCCGUCCUGCUAGAGUCUCUGGCUGAGAGAUGUAUGGAAGUUCUCUAUCAGGAGCAUCACUUGCGAGUAUACUGUGUACUGCUGACAGCCCCCAAUACCCUCCCUCGGGUAACCAAGAAUGGGAGACGCGAGAUCGGGAAUAUGCUCUGCCGCAAAGAAUUCGAUAACGGGUCGUUACCCUGUGUGCAUGUCAAGUUUGGUGUUGAGCGGUCAGUCCUGAACCUGCCGGUCGGAGUCGACCCCGUCGGCGGUAUUUGGUCGCCACUUGCCCUGAUGUCAAGGCAGGAGAUGCUUGCCAUGCAAGAGAAGCAAUACUCAGGCGUGGAUUAUCGUGAUGUCGUCAUGGACGAUCGUACGUCUACACCACUCAACAAUUUUAACAGCAUCGUGGACCUUCUUCAAUGGCGUGUUUCUCGGCAAGCCGAGGAGCUUGCUUAUUGUUCCAUUGAUGGUCGUGGGAAGGAAGGCAAAGGCAUCACCUGGAAGAAGUUCGAUCUCAAGGUUUCUGCCGUGGCCAUGUAUCUGAAAAACAAGGUUAAGGUUCGACCUGGUGACCACGUGAUCCUGAUGUACACCCAUUCAGAAGAGUAUGUCUAUGCAGUCCAUGCCUGCUUAUGUUUGGGCGCGGUUGCAGUUCCUCUUGCCCCCAUUGAUCAGAACCGCCUUUCCGAAGAUGCUCCUGCAUUCCUUCACGUCAUCAACGACUUCCAUGUCAAGGCGAUUAUUGUUAACAGUGAUGUCGAUCAUGUCCUGAGGCAGAAGCUGGUUUCCCAGCACAUCAAGCAAUCUGCGCAAGUCCUACGAAUCGGGGUCCCGGCCAUCUACAACACUACGAAGCCUCCCAAGCAGUCUCACGGCUGUAGGGACCUUGGCUUUACCGCCAAAGAGACUUGGAUACAAAGUAGUCAGGCGGCCAUGGUUUGGACUUAUUGGACACCCGACCAGAGGAGAAUCUCGGUCCAGAUUGGCCAUGAUACCAUUAUGGGCAUGUGUAAGGUUCAGAAAGAGACAUGUCAGAUGACUAGUAUGAGGCCGGUUCUGGGUAGUGUGCGGAGUACGCUCGGGCUUGGCUUCCUUCAUACCUGUCUUAUGGGUAUCUAUGUUGGUGCCCCAACUUAUCUAGUAUCCCCCGUCGACUUCGCGCAAAACCCCAUGACUCUUUUCGUCACGCUCUCUCGGUACAAGGUCAAGGAUACAUACGCUACAGCCCAGAUGUUGGAUUAUGCAAUGAGCGCCAUGGCUGGUAAGGGUUUCCAGCUGCAAGAGCUGAAGAACCUGAUGAUUUCUGCGGAAGGUCGGCCGCGCGUCGAUAUAUACCAAAAAGUGCGUCUUCACUUCGCUUCUACCAGUCUGGACCGCACCGCUAUCAACAUCGUCUACUCCCAUGUUUUGAAUCCUAUGGUUGUCACCAGAUCUUAUAUGUGCAUCGAGCCUGUGGAAUUAUGGCUCGAUCUGCGCUCCUUACGUCGGGGACUUGUCUGUCCAGUAGACCCGGAUACUGAUCCUACUGCUCUUGUCCUUCAAGACUCAGGGAUGGUGCCAGUCAACACACAAAUCGCGAUUGUUAACCCAGAGACAUGUACCUUGUCUCAUGUGGGAGAAUAUGGUGAGAUCUGGGUCCAAUCUGACGCAUGUGCCAAGGCAUUCUAUGGUUCCAGGCAGGAUUUUGACAUGGAACGCUUUAAUGGUCGGGUGGUGGAUGGCGACCCGAACGUGGCCUACGUGCGGACCGGUGAUUUGGGCUUCCUUCAUACGGUUACCAGGCCGAUCGGCCCUAACGGUCAACCUGUGGAAAUGCAGGUUCUUUUCGUCCUUGGCGGUAUUGGUGAAACAUUUGAGGUUAACGGAUUGAACCAUUUCCCAAUGGAUAUUGAGUCUUCUGUUGAGAGGUGUCACCGCAAUAUUGUGACUGGAGGAUGUGCUGUGUUCCAAGCGGGUGGUCUCAUUGUGGUGGUUGUCGAGGUCACAAGGAAGGCCUACCUGGCAUCACUCGUUCCUGUCAUUGUCGAUGCCAUUCUCAAUGAGCACCAAGUCGUUGCCGAUAUUGUGGCUUUUGUUUCCCACGGAGACUUCCCCAGAUCACGUCUCGGAGAGAAGCAACGCGGCAAGGUGCUGGCUUCGUGGGUCACUCGAAAACUGCGAACCAUCGCGCAAUUCAGCAUUCGUGAUAUGGAAGGUUCCGAGAACCCCUUCGCGGCACCUCAGCACCGGAUGAGCCGAAGCUCGAAGCCUGGAAGCACUAUGGGCAACAGCGCUCGCCGGUCUACCGUUGUACCGGAUCCAGCCCCGGUCCUCCUCGAGCAUUCUGAGGCAUCGAUACACUCGUUUUCUGGGAUGCAGGAGCCUGGCAUUGGUAGCCCUACGAGCACUGGUCCUGAGGGCGUGCCCGCUGUUCCGCAGAUUUCUGAACCGCCGCGGCCGACGACCGCCUCGACCAAUGGAGCUAGCGCUGUAACAGGGGCUGAGCUUCCCUCAACCAUUGGCCACCCUGAGUUCGGCUUCGACUUUGGGGACUUCGCGCAUACGACAGGUGCCGGCUCCGCUUCCCAGGCAGGACCGGGGGGUCCUGUACCCGAGACCUUACCAUACCGAGGUGGCCCUGGACAACCGCCACAGCAAGCGGGUGGGAACUUCCCCGCGCGGUCCGACUCAUACAACCAGCGACCCGUCUCCGACACGCUAGAUCGCAGCUCUGGGGACUGGCCCCAGGAAGCGCUGAUGUAUCAAUCCACCCUUGGAUACGACGACGAAGCCUCCGGCCACGGAGCGACUCCUUAUCAGCAGCGUUGA